AUGAACAGCGAUGCGCAAACUGACGGCGAACGCCGACCCGGCACCGUCGACGUCGAGCCCUUCGGAGUUCGACCCGACCGAGAGCGUGCGGAAGGGAAAAGCUUCGAUCUUGGGCAUGGGAGCGAGGUCUUCCACGUGCCCCGCUUCUUCCCGGCGGAGCAGUCGUGGGCAUGGUUCGAUUACCUCAACAAGCACGUCCCUUGGUCCCGACCCACUCUCCGCAUCUUCGGUCGCAAUCUCGUCCAGCCCAGAGAUUCGUGUUAUGUAGCGGCGGAAGGAUUGCCGGCGAUUAGCUAUAACGGGCACUCGCCUCGUGCUUAUUCUUGGGACGAUUUCCCUCCACUCAAGGACAUCUUGGAUGCAGUAAGGAUGCCUUUGAGCUUGUCCAUAAAGCUCUUCCUGGAAGUAGAUUCAAUAGCUUGGUCUAAACCGAUACGACGGUAA